AUGACAACACGCUUCACUUCUAGAAGGACCAAUAAACCACGUGUAAACAAUCAGAGGGUCCAAGUUCCACCAUCAAGGAAAGCAGAAAAUUUAAAGAAGAGCCCAAAAGUACCACACCAAAAAGAUCAGAGGAUCAAGGAACCACCAUUGAAGAGAGAAGAAGAGUUCAAGAAAUGCCAAAAAUUACAAGCAGUGAAAGGCAAGAGGAUCACAGAUGCACAUUCCAAAGGAACAAAAGAUAUUAAUGGGAGUCCAGAACUAAUGGCAGUAAAAAAUCACAUAAUUAAAGAGCCACCCUUGGAGAGAGAGGAAGGGCUCGAAGGAAGCAUGAUACCUAAGGUUAGAAAUAACCAUUUGACACAGGGAACUAUCAAAGGAAAAGGAGUUGCAGAGAGCGAGGCAGUGGUGAAGAGAACAAUGGAUGCAGAAGGAGACUUUAGAGAAUCGAUGGUGGAGAUGAUCUCUCAGAAUGAGAUUGGAAAUCCAGAAGAGCUUGAGGAACUGCUGGCCUCAUAUUUAUACCUGAACCCAGAUGAAUACCAGGACGUCAUUAUUAGGGCUUUCAGGCAGGUUUGGUUACAAGUCCUUGAAAUAUCACGAAACAACUGA